AGCUGCUGCUGCUCAGGCAUUAUCCAGGGAAGCCGCGAGGCCCCGGGAUGCACGGCGCGGGGCGGAGCCUGAUGCGGACGGGGACGUGGCCGGAGCGGCUGUAGCGGAGCGUGAGUGAGACCGCGCCGAGCCGAGCCGAGCCAAGCCAGCGCCGCCGCCAUGCCCGGACCCAACCCCAGCGCCACCAGUGUCGGCUCCUCCGGCCGCUCCCCCAGCAAGGCUGUGGCUCCCCGCGCCGCGGGAUCCACCGUCCGGCAGAGGAAAAAUGCCAGCUGUGGGACAAGGAGUGCAGGCCGUGCCACGUCCACAGGGACUGGUGGGAUGUGGCGGUUCUACACUGAGGACUCUCCAGGGCUCAAAGUGGACUCCAGAAGAAGAGACAGCCUGUGGGCAGAGUUCCUCACCUAAGCACCCUGAAACCAACGGGUCCCCUCGAUGCCUCCAGGCUCUCCUGAUCAUGGAUCAUGGUCAUGCCCUGAGCUCAGACAGUGGACUGUGGCAGAGCUGUGAGAAACCAGCCCUUGGCUAAGGUCGCUGUCACUGUGUUCCAUCUGGUGUGCAGGUGGAAAAAACACCAAUUUCAACAUCUGAUGAAGAGUCCUGUGAACUGAACACCAGCUUGAUCAGCCUGGUUUGAUUAAGUAGGAGACAGCGAAUUUCUGAUGAAGUACUAUGUUAAUACUUACUGCUCUGACUUACUAAGGCUCAAAUUUUCUCGUGAAAAUUUAGAUUUAAAAAAAGCUGGAAAAAUGAUUUUUAUUAAUUUAGAUUAAUUAAAUUAGAUUUAGUGUUAGCUUUAGAUUUAAAUUUAGCUUAAUAUCCAACAGAGGUUUGUCUUCUCAGAUAACUAGUGAAAUAUUGGAGCCUAAUACAUGCCUCCAAAAACUUUCAUGAAGGUAAAAAUAAUAAAUGUUUUUUCCCCCUAGUUCAUCUACAUGGUGCUUUUAGGUAAACACUGACAUACACCUUUUAUUGGAAAUAACUAAAUAAAUUCUAUAUAUAUUUA